CCUUAAUUCUAUACAAGAAUUAAUCAAGUAGUUGAGCAAGCAAAAAAAGGAAAAAUGAUUAGCACUUACAUUUUGGUGAUUCUAUCUCUGUUCUCUGUGGUGUGUGGUGAAGAUCCUACUUCAGGGUUCACCCUUGUCCCAUUGACUGAAGCAAAUUUUGCAGUGCAGAAGCCAUAUAACAUACCACUCGACCAAAGGUACAGCUAUCAGGAUGGAGUUCAUCGAUUCUGGGUUUAUUCUAAUGACAAGCCUUAUAGCCCUGACAGCCCCACUCAGCCACGUACAGAAAUUCGUAUCACGGGACAUGACUACCACUCUGGGGUUUGGCAAUUUGAAGGUUAUACCUUUGUGCCAAAGGGAACAUCCGGUGCUACAAUAGCUCAGAUCCAUGGUGCUGCACAUGGUAAAACCACACUGCUAUUAAGAAUUUACAACGGAGACAUGAGGUAUUACAGUACAAGUCUGGUGGCUGAGAAUCUCUAUGAUAAGUGGUUCAGACUUAACAUCAUCCAUGAUGUCAAUGGAGGAAUUGUGACUGUGUUCAUCAAUGGUGAGAAAAAGUUCCAGACCCAUGAUCAAGGGCCAGGUGAUUUGUACUUCAAGUGUGGGGUUUAUGCUGCACCUGAUGAUAUAAGCCAUUACAUGGAAUCCAGGUGGAGGGAUAUCAAAUUAUAUAAAAAAGAUUAAUUCCUAUGUAUGAAUCGUAUAUGUAUGUAUAUUAUUGUACCUAAUUAAUUAAGAUGUGGUUGCUUAUGAUUUUA